AUGUCAUGUAUUGAGAAUUCUACCGAACAUGAGCAAAAAGUUAACAUUGUGCCGUUAGAGGGAAUAGUAGUUGACCAUACAUCAAUGCCGACGAUUUCCCAACAUAUUCUUAACGACACUUCAAUUAAUAACAAAGAACAUACUUCUUCCGGAAUAUUAAAAACCGAAAUAAGUCAAACUGGCGAAAGUGUAAUUAAUUUAUUUGAGAUCGAAGAAUAUAAUAAAAAAAGUAAGUCUGAUCCUUAUUAA